AUAUUUCAUCUUUCCACAAGAUGGUGCUUUUUUUCCGCUCUGUGCCGUUGAGACCCUUUUACUCAGUCCUCAACAACAACGGCAGCUGCUGACUUUAUUGAUUUCAUAUUCCAUUUCCCAGAAUAAGGAGAGAACAAUUUCAAGAAGUGCGCUCUUACACAGUUGUGGCUGGUGCUUAAUUGUAGGAUUUGGCCAUGAGAGACGUGUUUAAUUAUAAUUUUGAAGGAAAAAAUAAUAACUGUAUUUGAGAUUGAACUAUUUCACUUAAUAAUAACCGUUACGCGUGGGUGUGUUCACACGGCAGCGUGUAAGAAUCCUCCAUUAUUUAAAAUUCUUGGAGCGACUUUGUGACGAGCAGCUUUUCCCAUCCUGUUCAUCCAAGCAGCGCAGCCCAUCCCUCUUUUUUUUGCUCCGUGGGCGUGGUAUGAGUUGGGAAAACAAACUGCAGACACCCUAUGAUACUUCCUCACCCUGCAUCGGUUGAGUUGGCCCGCGGCACCUAGUCAGCUGGCUUGUGCGUAAUUCUCCAAACAGUGGCUUUACGCGUUUUUUCCUCCCCACGGGCGUUUUUUCUUUUCUUUUUGCGCACAGUUGCCACCAGGAGCGGCUGACAAUCUCCGACUCGCACUACUACUCCACAGUUUCUCUCACAUCAAAUGGGGGCAGCGGAUUGCAGCAGCAGCAGUAGCCGUGGGAGCAGAGCGCAGAGCGCACUUUGAAGAGGCUUCGGCUCCAGCUUCAGCCGAAAUGUACUAGUGGCACACGGCGGUUGUAGAGAACGAGGAAACGGUCUGAAAACGACGAACAUGAGCGGCGGGGAAGUCGUCUGCCAGGGCUGGCUGAGGAAGUCACCGCCGGAGAAAAAGCUCAGAAGAUAUGCGUGGAAGAAGCGCUGGUUCAUACUCCGUAGCGGCCGCAUGAGCGGUGACCCCGACGUUCUUGAGUACUACAAGAAUGACCACUCCAAGAAACCCAUCCGGGUCAUCGACCUGCACUGCUGCGAGCAGGUGGACGCCGGCCUGACCUUCAAGAGGAAGGAGUUCCAGGACAGCUUUGUGUUUGACAUCAAGACCUCGGACAGAACAUUUUACCUGGUGGCUGAGACGGAGGACGAGAUGAACAAGUGGGUCCGCUCCAUCUGCCAGCUGUGUGGGUUCAACCAGUCGGAUGACAACCACGAUGGCAGGUUACACCAUAUGCCACGUUCCGUCGGAGCAGAUGUCACCGGCUCCAUGGCUCCCCUGACUGUUGAACGCAAGUCUUCUGCCCCCAUCCACUCCAGCCAGCCAGUCCUCUUCACCUUUGAUGUGCCUGUGCGCCACUCACACCACGGUUCUUUAUCCAACAGUGCGCCCCAGGACUACCUCCUCCUCCACCAGUGCAUGAGCAGGAAGUCUGAGAGCGCAAGGAGUGCCAGUUUCUCCCAGUCCACACGAAGCAGCCUGUUUAUGGGCAGCGACUCUGCCGUCCAGAAACUCUCUCACGGCUUUUCCCACUGUCUGAAUGGCAUGGGUGCCCAGCUGCAUGGUUUCUACAGCCUGCCUAAACCAGGGAAGCACCAGUUACCGGGGCAUGACGACUCCCAGGAGGCCUGUUACGUGCUCCCCCGGGGUUACAGCUCGGAGGCACCGGCGCACAGCGCUCUAGGUGACUCCGAGCUGGAGAACGAGGAGGUCUACACCUUCAAAACGCCAUGCAACACCCUCGCCACCAUGCACAACAACGAGCGCCCAACUGACAAUUACGAUCUCCCUACGACGCCUGGCUCCUUCUACCAGAUCCCACGGACAUUUGAUAAGAAUCACAAUUCUUUGACACCCUCCAGCUCCGAGUCCUCCUGUGCCCCUCCUCCCAGGCCGCCUAAACCCAGCCAGGGGUCAGAGGGGCAGUGGGGGAGUCCCCAGUCAGUAGGAAGUCAGAACGGAGAGGUGACCUCUGCGGUUUCGGUUAUCCCACGCAGGAAUACUCUCCCUGCUGUUGAGAACAUCAGGCUGCACAGAGGCUCCUCCUUUGAAACUAACAGCCAUCAUCGUCCCAUCCAUUUCAACAACUCAGGCCAGUCUGUGGAGUCUGUCAAUGACGGUUUCAGCUCCUACUUGAGAACCAAAGCCCCUCUGACUCGCUCAGACAGCGGCAACUCAGAUGACAACUAUGUGCCCAUGAAUCCUGGCUCCUCACCACUCAGCGCUGCCCUGGCUGACAGUCCUAAGAAUAUCUACAUCCCCAUGAGCCCGGGGCCACAUCACUUUGAUUUCCCAGGAUUCUCCGCAACUCUACCUGCCCGCAAGGGGAGCAGCGCCUCCCUGUGUCACAGGCCCAGUCGUCUCAGUGAUGUCACACCUCCUCCCAUCAACCGCAACCUCAAGCCUAACAGGAAAUCGAAGCCAACACCUCUUGAUUUGAAGAACAAUGGGAUUAUUGACGAGCUGCCAUUUAAGAGUCCAGUCACCAUGUCCUGGAUCCGUCCCAUGCCUGCUAUGAACUCCAUGUCCUCGCAGCAUUGUCGACCCAUCUCCACACAAAGCAUCACCAGCACCGACUCUGCAGACAGUGAGGAGAAUUAUGUGGCUAUGCAGAACCCAGCGUCUACCUCUCCAGCUAUGAGUGGCACCAGCAGCCCAGCCCAGAGAAAGUGUGGUAACGUGGACUACCUAGCACUGGACUUCCAGCCUGGCUCACCCAGCCCACACAGAAAACCGUCCACGUCCUCCGUGACCUCUGACGAGAAGGUGGACUACGUGCAGGUGGACAAGGAGAAGACCCAGGCGCUGCAGAGCACCAUGCAGGAGUGGACCGACGUGCGGCAGUCAACAGAAACAGCCAAGGGGGUCAAGUCCUGACACUGACCUGUACAAAAAUAAAAUGUUUCCAAUCUUAACUAUUAUUACCAUGAAUACCGGUCGGGCUUGUUUAAGCCCGAGACUAUUGGACAAAAAGCCAUUAAUUAUCCUGCGCCUCUUCUCUGUGAUGGUUACUACUGCGGCGCACUGUUAACGUACAGAAUAUCAGGCCGUGUAGGUGAAGCACGCCGAGCCGAACCCCGAGCUCUUCACACAGACUGUUAUGUGACAGUGUAUGGACAUUAACGUGUACGUAUAUCAUCCUUACUUAUCAAUCAGUCCUUUUAUAAAUUACAGGUUGUUCAUCAAAGCUGGGCCACCACCCUCACCCCCCCACCCUCCCAUCCCCCUUUUGCAACUGUUUUUUCGGAGUUUAGCAGGUAAUUUUACUCAAUCGCUGCUGUUUAACACGGUAACUGGUCGAUAACCAUUUCAAUAUACUGUAAUAGUGCGCUUGCUGGUCUCAGGAAUGCCAGGAUGCACUCCAGUUUUUGGCAUGCAGGCACUCUCUCUCUCUCUCUCUCUCUCUCUCUCUCUCUCUCUCUCUCUCUCUCUCUCUCUCUCUCUCUCUCUCUCUCUCUCUCUCUCGCCACUUCAAUCUAUCAUUUGUGCUGAGUCGUGCAGAAGCAGCAAGGAGAUUAUUUUCACCGCGGGCAAUCAUUUCAGCUUAGCAGUGCAUGUCUGGUAAGAGGAGGAGGAGGAACAGUGUGUGUGUGUGUGUGUGUGUGUGUGUGGGGGGUUACAGCGAUAUAAAGAGUCCGUGUCAGAAGCUCUAAUGAUAACGGUGCAUGACUGUUGCUUCACUUUCAGUUAAGUAUGAGGCCCAAACAUAUUUAAAAGCUGUCAGGCUGGAUGAUGCAGGUACAAAGUCUGUAAAUGUACAGAAUGAAAAAAGAAAAAAACAAGAAAUAUCUUGUGUGUCUAUGUAGGUUGAGAUUUUAAAACAUUUCAUUUCAAACGUGCACUGACCGAGGCGAUGAUUGAGUCGGAGGAAAGUAAAUAUAAAUAUCUCCAUUUCUCCGUCUUUUGCCUCCCUCUCGAGACCAUAAAUAAAAUGCCCAAGUAGGAGGAGGAGAGUAGCAUAUUUAUGUUUACCAGAUUUCAACCAGUCGCUGAUUUAUGUCUCCGGGCGUUGAUAUACUAUACCACACACACACACACACACACACACACUCCCCCUGCAGCUCCAUCUCUGAAGAGUAAUUGUUUCCUCUGUGUAAAUUAUUAAUAGAACGACAUAUUUGCAGCACAUCUCGUCGGCUGUUUGAUGCACUUGUGUGAGACAGGGAAAAAAAGUGCACUGAGACGAAGAUGAAGAUUUGCCAGUGAUCGUUUUGUUACAGUAUGUAAAAACAACGGCGGGAGAGGAUGUUGUCUCCACUCCCUGAACUCCUAACCUUGUGCGAUUUGCCUUAUAUUUUCAUUUCACUGAAGAUUUUCAAAGUUUGCCUUGAUGAAAUUUCAUUAUUUGCCAUAUUAUUCAAGGAAGAGCCAUAUUGUUGUUGUUGUUUUUUUAGGACAAAUGAAUGAUGACGUUUGUAGUUCAACUUAAGUCCAGUAUUUCAUUGUGGGCUGGAACCACUGAAGGGUGAAUCUGAGUCGCGUGGCCGCGCAGUGCACGAUGAUAUUAUUAAUAAUUUCAUUAAGAUUUUCUUCUUAAUGUUUUUUCUACCAUUUUUACUGCUUUUGUAUUAUUUUUAUCGUUACUUUUUACGGAUAGGUUGUAAGAACGUGGUAUUCCUAAGAAACGGGGCAGGCUAAAUGAAGCUGUUUUGUUUCUACAUCUGUUUUAUUUCUUUUAAAACUCCCAUUUUUAUUGUUUUUUUAAUGAUCUGUACAUGAAACGGGGAGCAUGGCAGUUUGAGUUGCACUGGCAAAGCCCUUCUGUGGGUGAACUGUGAUUAUAAAUCACAAAAGAGCAGGAAUCGAAAAGAGGAAAGAGAAGACUGAAGAAAAAAGCCUGUCUCCCUGUUAGACUCUGAAGUAAAAUAGAUGUGUAAUUUAUUAUCUAGAGGGAGAGACUGCGACGUCGUGUGCAGAAGAGCUGUGUCUGUGUUGUAGUAGUUUGUGAAUUGUAGUAUGUUAAAUGACAGCCUGACUGGGCGACACUGAAAACACUGCUCAGAUCUACUGUCAGACUGUCACUGGGUUGACGUACUGUACUAGUAGACAUCAGUUUGUUUGUUUUUUUUGUUUUUUUUAACCACUUUUAUUGCUACUACUGUAAAGCGUUUUUGCCGAUUGCUCGUGUUUUAAUUUAUUAAUUUAUUGUGCGUUGUUUUUGGGUUUUUUUGGACUUGAUUAUUGUAAAAAAGGAAAAAAAGAAAAAGACGAAAAACACAACAAGGAAACGUUCUCUCUACUAACACUGAUGUAUGCAAGCAAAACUGUCUUGAUUUUGUAAAGCAAUAUGACCAAUGAUGCCAGUGUGAUGAUGAUGAUGAUGAUGAUGAUGAUGUGGUACAGUUAACUUGGGAUUCAAACGAAUACAAGGUUUUCUUAUUCCUGUAUUAUGGUAGAUUUAAACUGUGGACGUAGAAUAAAUCAAGAAGAGAAA